AGCAGCUGUUGAGUGUUUAUGUUUGUGAGUGAGUCUCGUGUAAAACAAUUACCGUGUUGUACGGUCUACAAAACGGCCACCGUCUAAGUUUCGACCGGCGAUCGUUGCCUGCAGGUUUCUGCGGACUCCACAGUCCACGUUCUUCUAAUAUUUUCUACUAAAAAUAAUUUUUAUAUUAAUACUCUGCCGCAAAGCCGGCUACUAUGACACUACAAGCAAUUAGAUAUGAAAAUGGCACGUUAGAAGUGUUAGAUCAACUACUUCUACCAAAAGAAUCGAAAUACAUACCCAUUUUAGGCGUCGAAGAUGGAUGGAAAGUUAUUAACAAAAUGCAGGUUCGAGGUGCUCCAGCAAUUGCAAUUGUGGGCUGCCUAAGUUUGGCUGUAGAAAUUUCAAAAGAAGAAUUUGAAAAAAAAAAAGCCCUUCGUAGAGAAGUUGAAGGAAAAUUAAAUUAUUUAAUUUCUGCCCGCCCUACUGCUGUAAAUAUGAAACAAGCUGCAGAUCAUUUGAUAUCUUAUAUUAAUUCUUUAGAUAAUGAUGAAAAUAUUUCAGCCCAAGAAAUGCAAGCUAGGUUUGUAGCUGCAAUAGAAGCUAUGCUAGAGAAAGAUAUAUCUGAUAAUAGAUCAAUUGGAGAAUUUGGUGCUAAAGCUAUUUUGAAUGGUGUCUCAGAUGGAGAGCAAGUUCGCAUUUUAACACAUUGCAACACUGGUUCGUUAGCAACUGCAUAUUUUGGUACAGCAUUAGGUGUUGUUAGAUGUUUACAUUCCGCUUCAAGACUUGAAAAUUGUUAUUUUACUGAAACAAGACCUUAUAACCAAGGUGCUAGGCUUACUGCCUAUGAACUAGUUCAUGAUAAAAUACCAUCUACACUAGUGUGUGAUAGUACUGUUGCUUAUUUAAUGAAGACUGCUCAGAUUAGUGCUGUCGUUGUUGGAGCUGAUAGAGUAGCAGCUAAUGGUGAUACAGCUAACAAAAUAGGAACAUAUCAAAUUGCAGUGGUUGCAAGGCAUCAUGAUGUUCCAUUUUAUGUGGCAGCCCCAUUAACGUCAAUUGAUUUUAGUGUUAACACUGGUGAUAGUAUUAUAAUUGAGGAACGGCCUCAAGUAGAAAUGACACACAUAAAUAAUAUUAGAAUAGCUUCACCAGGUGUAACAUGUUGGAAUCCAGCAUUUGAUGUAACACCAGCUCAACUGAUAACUGGUAUAAUAACUGAAAAAGGUGUUUUCAGACCAUCUGAACUUUCAACACUUCAAUCGCAGUUACAAGAUCACAAAAAGUUACUUCCUCAACUAUAAUGAAAAUUAAAAUGUUUCAAGUUUGUACUUUAUUAAGAAUAUUACAUUGUACAAAUUUUAAGGGAAAAUUAUAUUAGGCUUAUAAUUAUAAUCUAUCAAUUAAUUUUUAACCAGCAAAAUUAAGAUUCUUUAUUGAUUAUAUAAUCAUUCUUAUAUUAAUAAUAUAUUCCGUCUUAAAUAUGAUAGGAUAAUUGUUAAGGAAGUAAUAAACUUAAAUUACGCUUAUAUUUAUUUGUAUAAGUCCAUUAAUAACAGGCCAAUAAAUUUUUAUUUUAAUUUAUUUGUCAAGUAUAGUUGUGAUAUAUUUAAUUUUUUUAGAAAACUAAUUAAUUUUUCAUUGAAAAAUACAAAUUUGUAUUGUAAAACGUAACUUCAAUUAUUGUUUUAUUGAUGAAAUAUUUUUUAAGCUUAAAAUGUCAUCAAUGUUAUAAUUAUUUGUUUUAAAACUGUAUCUUAUUAAAUUUAUAUUUAAAUUAAUUUCUUUAACUUUCUGUCUGAUAAUAUGUGCGUAUUAUGUUUUACUUUAAAUCUAUAUAUUAAAUAAGGCGUUUCUAUUAACCUACUAGAAAUUGCUCAGAAUUAUAAAAAAUAUUUUAUAAUUACAUUCAUGUACUUAUAUGUCUACAUAUUUAUUGCAUUUAUUGAAACUUAAUGAGCUUUUGGAAUAUAAUUUAUUUAUUUUUCGUACAAAUACAUUUUUUUAUAACCGAGGAUAAUAAAUCAUUGUAAGUACAAAGCAAAUCAUAAAAUCAUUCAGCUGUUCGUAUAAAAUUAAUUAUGUAAAUAUACACUGUUUAAAUUAAAUGACUAUGAUUACUGUACCAUCAUUUUUUAUCAAUGAGAAACUUAACUAUCAGUUUUUUAAUUGUAAUAACAAUGAUUAUUAUUGUAAUAAUAAUAAUAAUAAUAUUUUUUAAAUAUUAUGCAUUAAUGAUAAAUUUAGACGCUUGUGUGAAUCGAGAAAAAAGAAAAAAGUACUCGUAUAUUGUUAUAUUGUACUCAGUAAUAUUUGUGUGUAAAAUUACUUUUCUCUAUCAUGUGAAUUAAUAUUGUUCACGAUGUGUAUGAUAAAUAUCACCAAUAACCCGUAUUAGUAUGUUAAAUACAAUUGAAAUAUCGAA